GCAACUCAAAAAUCGAAGUACAUUUCUCAAAGGCGGACACUCCUGUAUUGUAAUAAACAUUUUUACAUGCAUUAUUCCACUCUGUUAGCUCGGGCUGCCGCCGUAAACGGAAUAUAUUUUCAUGGACACUGCGUUUGGGAUCGAAAUCUACGCCUUUCCCAUCUAAGGCAACAUUCUUGCAUCUGUUAGCAAAACUUGCUAGCUAGGAGGCUAGCGUCGAGCUAGCUGUGCUUUAGCAUGUUAGCCUAGCUUGCUAACCUUUGACAACUGACAAAAAGGUAACCAAUGUGAUCCUGAGCAUGCAGGAGUGAAAAGCGUCCGCUGUGGCUCUACAAUUUUUUUGGACCCCAUCACUUUACGAGGCCUCCCCCAUAUAGUCCACGCGGGACCUGUCAGGAUUUUCUGUCAGGUUGUAUGGAAACGUGAACCAUGUGAGGGUCGCCGAGUCGCGUCCAUCCCAGGACUGUUGCAGAAACGACCCCGCUGUGCGGGGGGAUAGACUGACCCUGCCCCUUCUCGUGGCCCCUUCUCCCCCAUCCGCACAUUCCUGCUCUCCUUUCCCUAAAAGGAGGCACGCCAUGAUGUUCCGAGACCAGGUGGGUAUCCUUACAGACUGGUUCAAGGGCUGGAAUGAGUGCGAACAGACGGUGGCACUGUUGUCCCUCCUGAAGAGGGUGUCCCGCACCCAGGCUCGCUUUUUACACAUAUGCCUUGAACACUGGUUGGCAGACUGCACAGAGAUCCACAUCCUGGAAGCGGAGGCCAACAAUGCAGCCAUUGUCAACCAGUGGCAUCAGGAGCCGAAGGAAAAAGUGGUAUCCUUGCUCCUCUCCCAUCUGCCUUUGCUGCAGCCACGCAACAGCGAGGCCAAAUGUGAGUACAUGAAGCUGCUGCAGAAGGUGUUGAGUCACACCAUUGAGAGCAGCUUGUUUGUGGAGGAGAGCAGACAGCUACUCUCCUACGCGCUCAUCCACCCCGCCACCACGCUGGAAGACCGCACGUCGCUAGCCAUGUGGCUCAACCACCUAGAGGAACACCUAUCCAGUGGGUACAUGCCCUCUACCCAGGCGCCCCCUAGCCCUUACCACCCACGGCAGGGCUCGGAUGAGUGGCCAAGCUCUGCUGAGGCCCUGGAGCCCGGCCACGCCUGGCUCGACAAGUCCCCCUCAUCCAGCACGUCUCCUGCAGGCCAGAACGGGCACAUGGCUUUUCCGGGCGGCUUGUCCUCUCCUGUCAACAGCAGUAACACAGACCUCUCCACGUUCCCAAGUCUCAGUGGGCAGAUGCAGCCUAGCCCUCUAAAGAAGCCCAUGGCCCUCAUUGCUUCCAGUCCCCAGGCUUGUGGCUCUGAGUGGGGCAGCCAGGAUGACACAGGGAGCCGGCAGAACCUCCUCACGUCAGAUCAUGCACCCCUCUCGCCACAGAGCAGCGUGGCCUCCUCUGGUAGCGAGCAGACGGAAGAGCAGGGCUCUGCACGCAACACCUUCCAGGAGGAUGGCAGUGGCAUGAAAGAUGUUCCCGCAUGGUUGAAAAGUCUCCGUCUUCACAAAUAUGCAUCACUUUUCUCCCAAAUGACCUAUGAGGAGAUGAUGAUACUUACAGAGCAGCACCUGGAAUCACAGAACGUCACUAAGGGAGCGCGUCAUAAAAUUGCCCUGAGCAUCCAAAAACUGCGUGAGAGGCAGAGUGUGCUCAAGUCUUUAGAAAAGGACAUUUUGGAAGGAGGAAACCUGCGUAAUGCCCUGCAGGAGUUGCAACAGAUCAUCAUUACACCCAUCAAGGCCUACAGCGCACAGUGUGCCGCACAGACCCCCCAGGACCCGCCCAGUUCUCCUUCAGAAGCCACAAAGUCGGCGGCAGAUAAAGAAGUGGCUCCAGAGGGCUUCCAUUCCCACAACACACCUCCCUGUGAUGGAGACUCUUCGGCAACGCCCAUUUCAGAUGGCGACAUUGCUGGGCAGUUCACCCGAGUCAUGGGCAAAGUGUGCACGCAGCUGCUUGUGUCCCGGCCAGAUGAGGAGAAUAUCACCUGUUACCUUCAGCUCAUUGAGAAGUGUCUAACACAUGAGGCUUUCACAGAAACACACAAGAAGCGUCUGGUAUCUUGGAAGCAGCAGGUCCACAAACUGCUACGCCUUGUCCCUCGGAAAGCAAUGUUGGACAUGCCCGUGUACCGACAGAAAGGCUGGGCCUACGGAUCCAACUCCCUCCCCACAGCAGGCUCUGUGAGUGGAGGUGUGGGCAGACGGGGCCAGAGGCAGUUCCAGAUAACGCCUCGAGGACUUCAGGCCGGGCGUAUAGGUCUGCUGAGUCCCGGUGGGAUUGGGGGCGCUUCUCCUCGCCACACACUCACUAACCCCACGCUGGCAGGCCAGGGUCGACAAAGUCUGUGGUUUGCCAACCCCGGGGGCAGUAACAGCAUGCCAAGUCAAAGUCGCAGCUCUGUGCAGCGGACCCACUCACUUCCUGUACACACCUCCCCGCAAACCAUGCUCAUGUUCCAGCAGCAAGAUUGCCAAAUUCCAGGAGCUGACCUGGAGAUCAACCCUACGCUGGAGUCGCUGUGCCUCAGUAUGACAGAGCACGCCUUAGGGGAUGGAACCGACCGGACAUCGACAAUAUGAAAAGAAGAAUGGAGGGAAGAAAAAUAAAAGAUACUUGAGGCCUGCUCAGUUCCUCAUCACCCAGCACAAAGAUUUACGUACGCUCAAGAAAACCAGGCAAAGCAGUCACUACAUAAUGACAAAAAAAACUGUGUAUAUGUUCAAAUAUUUUUGUACUUUAUUAUAUACAACUAAGUUUAUUAAAGAAAAAGCAGAAUACAGAUAAUUAUUAUAUUGCAGGGCAGUGAGGAAGGUGAACAACCGUGUCACUUGCAGGACUGUGACAUGGCACAACUUGAGAGAAAAGGAUCGGUGCUGUCUUAAAGCGGCCCUCUAUGAGUUCUUCUUCAUUUCCUUAUUCCCGAAACAAACAGCAACAAACAUGGCCUCUCCCCAUCAUGCAAAAUUCCAGCCCGAUGUCAGGCACUUUUAUACAACCAUGUUGGCACUAGACUGUAAUUGGCUGAAGAAUACACUUCCUGAACUAGUACUAACAAGGUUUACUUUUUGAUGCUUUGUGGCAUCCAAACUAAAAGUGCACAAGGAAGAGCACGUAACUUAGCAGCAGGUGUUAACCUGUGUUUUGGACAUUGAGAAGAAGUCACUCCCCUUCUCAACUUCUACAAAGCCAAAGAGAAGGUUUAUUUGGGAGGAGUAUACAUGAAUGCAACAAGAAUGAUUUAACUUAAAAAAAAAAAAAAAAAAAAAAGCAGUUUGAGAAAUGUACGUUGGCUGCAGUUUGUCUUGUUAUUUUAACUCCCUACUGCGCAUAUGAUGACGAAUCUCGCCUUGUGCCGAGGAGGGUGGUACUACUAUUGCACAAGAGCUGAUUUGACUCGAAGCUUGAUCAAAUCUAGAGUGUUCAUACUUACAGAACAGCUCUUUUUCCGCGCCCUCAUCAUCAGUGCGGCCAACGUGACGAUUUGAUGAAUCAUGCGUUUCAAGGUGCUCGAAGAUGUCCAUAUUUUCUGUUUGUGUCUGUGUUUCAGUAAACCCUCGACAUUAUCAAGUGGUAUCAGUGUUUAAAAAAAUAUAACAAAAAAGCGGUCUUCUAACAACCUCUGUCUUGGAAUGUGGCAGAGUGGAGGUGCAUGCACGUUGAAUAUGGUCUUUAUGGGUCACUUUGUUUUGUUUUUGGUUGCAUCAUGAGGCAAGGAUAACCAUUGACAUUUUAUUUCAGCAGAAGGUCAUAUACAGAUACCUGUAUUUUUUACUCGCCCUUGAUAUUGAUAACUUAUGCUUAUUUUCUAUAAUCGCAUGUUUUUGCCACACUAAUACAGCACUGUUGUAGAAAAGAGGACAUGGUGAGCGGAAAUCUUGCAACUAAAGUUGUGUUUAUAAUGCCUGUUUACAUCUCUAAGAUUAACGCCCACUUCACAUGUGCUGUCAUGAUUUGGAGAAAAAAAAAUGCUUUACCCCUUUUUUCUAUGGACUCCGAUGUUGAAAUUGUUGACCGUCAUGUCCCAAUAAGGUAUUCAUGUGGUGCCUGAAACCGCACAACAUGUUAAUUCCCUGAUCUUGAGUCAUGGUUUUCUUCAGAGCAGGCUCUUAGGAUAGAUCUGACUUACUAAAAAAAAAAAAAAAAAAAAAAAAAAAAAUGCAUCACACUCGUGCCCAGCAAGGACCUCAACAGAGCUGACUCAUUGUUAUCAGCUUUGGCUUGUGUUACAUAUGGCUCAGAUGGUCCUUUUCAUAGCCUAGUCCAUGCAAGCGCUGCACACAGACAGAGAGAGGCACUGUAUAGCGCAGAAUAAAGAUGCAGCAGGGUGUGACAACGCAUUUCUGAGCCACAGUUGAUGACUAAUCAAAACACUACACAACAAACUGGCCAAGGAAUAUGUUUACUCCAUGUUUACAUUCCAGUGAUGCAUAAAAAUGUGUGAGAAAGUAUACUUUUCGGCACAGGAAAUAAACAUCCGCUCAGAUGAACA